AUGCAGGCAACAUCAUUAGUCUCCUGUUUCCUGCUUGUCUCUCUGUGCAUUGAGUUCUCCCACAGUGACACCGUCGCCCUUCUCGGGAGGCAGAGGAGAAGGAUGCGCUCCAGAGGGCUGCCAAGGAGCUCCUCAGCAGGGCACAGGGCCCCAGCCCAGCCAGGGAUGGAGCUGCCAGCUCCCAUCGUGGCCGCGGCCAGCGUACUGCUCAUUAACAUUGAGGACGGGGUGAUGGGAAUCUUUGACUCUCUUAUAGGUUUGGCUGGACAGGAAUCCAGUUACAACGUCUUGCCAGGGCAAAACGGACACUGCACAGCCAGCAGGAUGAUUCUGUACGACAAAGCUGUCGGGUCUCCCAAGCCCUGCGUUACCUCUCUGUGUUCGAAAGAAGUGAUCUGUGACACAGCCGUGUGCCACCCUCUACGAUGUCCCAGCACUAUCCUACCCGCAGGAGAAUGCUGCCCGAUCUGCUCUGAUGCUGCCUCCCCUUCUGACUCAAGCAUCAUUUCACUGGAUGACACGAGUGAAUUGUCUGGUGAUGUUCCAGAACCCACUGAGCUGGACAAUGCCAAUGUGUUGCCAUCAGAGCGUUCUCACACUGAAGAGGAUGAACUGCUCAGGACAGAAGUGGUAGAGUUUAAAGAGAAAGAAGGUCAUAAGAAGAUGAAAAGAAAAAGAAAAGGUACAAAACAUCGCCAGAAGCAUAAAGCCCACCGCAGAGAAAAGCAGCCUAUCGCAAGACAGGGACCUGCAGAAGAAGAGACACCAUAUGACAUCCAUGAAGAUGAUGGUACUUUAAGAAUGCCACCUCAUUCCCCAAUUCCUGUUCCACCCAUAGAAGCUCCUCCUUUGCCAGCUGGAUGCUCCACCUUGGACACCACAGUAAGCUGCAUUAAUGCCAAACUGACACAAAUACCACCCAUCUCAGACCCAGAUCUGACAAGUCCGGACCUUACAGGCAACGGUAUCUACGCUAUCUCAGAUGAAGCAUUCAACGGGAUACCUAACUUGGAGUGGAUUGAUCUGAGUAAAAACAAUAUUACCUCUCCUGGCAUAGGUCCAAGCGCAUUCAAAGUCCUGAAAAAGCUGAAAAGUUUGUAUUUGGAUGGGAAUCUGCUGGUACAUGUUCCCUCUGAAUUGCCAUCAACUUUGGAAGAAAUAAAAAUAAAUGAUAACCACCUCCGUGCCAUUGAUGAAGACGGCUUAAAAGGCAUGGGAAAAUUAGUAUCAAUCACACGAAGAGAUCACAAUAAAUUUGAAAAGCAGAAUGUUAAGCCAAACUCAUCGGGCUUGCUACAACCAGAGUUAAAACUUGAGAAUAAUCAAAUUGAAGAAGUGUCAGAAAUUUGCUUUAACCACACAAGAAACAUAAAUAUCAUUGUGCUAAAGCACAACAAAUUAGAAGAGCACAGAAUAGCACUUUUGGCUUGGAUAAAUCAAGGGAACUUGGAGUCAAUCGAUCUCUCUUAUAACAAGUUAUAUCAUGUUCCUUCCUACCUGCCAAAAUCUUUACUACAGCUGGUACUCAUCGGCAAUCAGAUUGACAGGAUUCCAGGGUAUGUCUUUGGUCACAUGAAGCCAGGGAUGGAGUACCUGUACCUGUCCUUUAACAAACUGACUGAUGAUGGAAUCGACCUGGUGUCGUUUUUUGGAGCAUAUCACUCUCUGAGAGAGCUGUUUUUGGAUCACAAUGAAUUGAAGUCUGUGCCAUUCGGAAUUGAUGAGAUGAGAAAAUUACGUUUUCUAAAACUGAACAACAAUAAAAUAAGGACGGUCCCUCCGGAAUGCAUCUGCAGGACUCAGUUUGGUGACGAUGACGUUCGCGAGAGCAGUGAAGAGGAGGAGACUGUAGAGUCGCGUUCGGAACACGUUCACCUUGAGCACAACUAUAUCAACACCAGACAGCUAUCGCCGCGUGCCUUUUCAUGCAGACGGUCCUACUGCAGCGUUGUUCUUAAACCACAGAAGAUCAAAUGA